AUGAAGGUCUCCAUUGUCGCAUUCGCCGCUGCUCUUUUCUUUGCUCAAGCUACCCAAGCAUCCAUUUGCUCUUGUCUUCCCAAGGCUGGCUGUGAAGCUGCUUGUCCUGCUGGAUCCCAUUGUGUUCAGAGUGAUAGCUACUGCCCUCCUCAAAACCCCGCUGGUGGUUGUGAUGCUGACCAUCGUUGGUACUGCAUCAGUAACUAG